GCGCAGAGGCCAGGGAUCGCUGUGAUGAUAGCCGAGCGAGCGCGGGGGAAACGCAGCUUGUGUGUGUGCUUGCGUGUCGUCCCACCCCUCCCUCCCUCCCUCCCCAAAAAAACACCCCAAACCCGAGUGAAACAUCGUUACAGUAACUCUAAUAUAUUACUUUCAGCUCUUCCAAGAGGGAAUUCCAAGUGUAAGCGUUUCUAAAACGUUUUGAGAAAGUUGGAUUACUCAGCAUCUCUUUUUUUAAAUGACCUUUGAAAAAUGCUACAUCCUCUGGGUUAUCAGAUAAAACGUAGUAAGGGUAGCGUUCUUGAUUCACGCGCCAAAAAUUAAUUGAAUGAUAGCAGUGCGCUUAGCAGCACUUAACAGCACACGCAAAUGUACUUCAUCAUGCUGGUUAUCCGUCGCUCACAAGGACAAGUUCAGACAGAUGCGUGAGCGCGGGAGGAAGGGGUAUAAUCACGGAAUUGCAUAGGUUUCACGGUUUGAACGCGUCAGCACUGGUGUGAGGUGAGAACACUUGAAGCGAGUAUAAGGAAACAAAUGGCUGAAGUUGCAACUUGCCAUAUUUUAGAUUAACGACACGCUGGAUUGAUUAGUGGAAGUUGGCGUAGCUGUUAGCAGCAGAGCGUCGGCAAUACAAUCAACAUGUGGCAACGCGUUCUCGUGGUGGAAGAAUAUUUCUCCUGUUCACACAGCCUGCUGAAAUCAAAAGAUUUGUUUCGUAAGCUGUGAGGCGCAGAGUUCAUGGUAGCCAGCCGUUAGCCUGCAGGCACCAAGGGGAUGUUUUGUGGUUGGACUUUAGCUAUAAAAAUUGAAAAUAAGAAACUCAUUAAAAGUAUUUUAUAGCAUUUUAAAGUAUUUUAGAUCCUGUAUUUCAGAUGUAUGUUUAACUGUUCAUAGAGAUAACAUGGACUGCAUGUUUAGCCAGUACUAUUUUUGUCAGGUAAACAUUUAAAAUAGCUGUAAUUUGGAGCAAGCCUUGACACGUGGCAUCUUAGUGAUGAUAAUAAUAACGCUGUCACAGGUAUUAUGGAGCAUAUUGUUUAAUAUUAUUUGUGUAUUGAUAUUUAUUUUCUAGCUAAAUAAUAACUUUAUUUUUUUAACUGGUAUGGUACAAUAUUUCUGUUCCCAUGUAUUACCUUUCAAUAAAAUAAUGUAGGCUUAGGGCUACUUAUCAUCACAACUAUAACAUAUUAUUUGUAGUAUGCUAUUGUCUAGAAGUCAAAGCAGAGAUAGGAUUCCAGGAUGGAACCAUAGGCAGUUUGAAAAAACAACAACAGCAAAAAGAACCACCAUCCCUCUCUUAACAAGUUCAUAAACUAAAUUUUCAAAAUGACAGUCGUUUUCAUUUCUGAUUAAUAAAUGGUGAAUAAAAGUACAGACGCAUUAAAUAUCUUCUCCACAGUCACUCAAGUAGCCUGUGGCAGAGUUGGAAAUAAAUUGUAAGGUUUUUGUGUAUCCUGAUGUGUGAUCAUCUUUCCUCUUGCUUUCUGUUCACAACAUUUUUAUGAACGUAGCUAUUUACUUUAUUUACAGAAUUGAGAGUUUCCUGAAUUAGCUAGAAGGUUGCCUGAGCUGCAAAGAUGUUGGAAGAAGACAUGGAAGUGGCCAUCAAAGUGGUGGUAGUAGGAAAUGGAGCUGUUGGAAAGUCCAGUAUGAUUCAGAGAUAUUGCAAGGGGAUUUUUACAAAAGACUACAAGAAAACUAUUGGGGUAGAUUUCCUGGAGAGACAAAUCCAAGUUAAUGAUGAGGACGUCAGGCUAAUGUUAUGGGACACCGCUGGUCAAGAAGAAUUUGAUGCAAUAACUAAGGCCUACUACAGAGGCGCCCAGGCUUGUGUUCUUGUGUUUUCUACAACUGACAGAGAGUCCUUCAAAGCAAUCCCCACCUGGAAGGAAAAAGUGGUGACCGAAGUUGGAGACAUUCCCACGGUUCUUGUACAGAAUAAGAUUGAUCUCCUUGAUGACUCUUGUAUAAAGAAUGAAGAGGCAGAAGCACUGGCAAAAAAGCUAAAAUUAAGAUUCUACCGAGCAUCUGUGAAAGAAGACCUAAACGUAACUGAAGUUUUUAAGUAUUUGGCUGAUAAAUAUCUUCAAAGGCUUAAGCAACAAACAGCUGAAGAACCGGAACUAGUCCAUACAAGCAGUAACAAGAUUGGUGUUUUUAAUACAGCUGGUGGAAGUCACUCCAACCAGAAUUCUAGCAGUCUCAAUGGAGGAGAUGUCAUCAACCUCAGACCAAACAAACAGAGGACCAAGAAAAACAGAAGUCCUUUUAGCAACUGCAGCAUGCUUUAGACCACUUCUAGAGGAAAAAGAAUGACAGUAAAUUGGAUGAAGUUGUGCAAUUCAAUACCGAAUACAGCCAGCUGUAGAGGUAUUUUACCAGUGCUUUAGCAAGUCUCUUGUGCCUAUGGGAUCUUCGAUAGAUGGUGGAUUUAAAUAAAAUUGCUGUUGCAAUAUUUUUUGGUGAGUAGAGUGAGACACCUGGCGGCAAAACAUAGAACCAUGGCUGCCCCCGUGCACUUUCUAAAAAUUAGGCAAGCUGCUUCUGUUUGAAGGAAUUAUUUACACAGCUACGAACUAGGUUUUGCUGAAUUGUGGAGCACAUUUAACACGGACCACAAUAUUAUGGCCCAAGGUGAAGUAGCCACUUCCAACUAAAUUUAAAAGAAAACAUGUUAGAAUUGAUUAGCCAGGACAUUAAAAAGUUAAAUGAAGAGCAUGAUGAAGACAUCACAUUUUAUGAUAGACUAUGUUCAUAUAGAUUCUGGCAAUUCUGUUAGUGCAAUAUACUUGUAUUAUGUGAGUGUCAAGGUAAAUGCGUAAACAUCAGGUAUGCAUAUUUAGGCUAAAUUGUAGUGUAUACAUUAUUUGACUUAUUGUGGAGACCAGCUAAUGAUCAUAAAAUAGCAUCUUUAAGAUAUUUUUUUCCUUUAAAAGUUUUGCAUUUCAGUUGAGGCUUUCCCAGUUUGUACUGUAUGUUUGACUUGCUACACCUUGGGCCUAAAAGCUUAGGUUUAAAAAUGUAUGGUGCCAAAAAUGUUGUUACUUUUUACCUAAUGCUCUGCUACAGAUGUUCUCAUAAGGUUGUUUUUCUCAGUCUUAGCAGGUUGAAAAAAUAACAUAGUCUCUGACACUAGCAAUUAUCCAGAUGGAACCUGUAAAAAUAAUCAUAUUCCUGUCCAAAACUUGAUUGCUGUAUGCUGUAUCAUCUAUGAAAAGAGAACUUGCAAAGUGGUGCCACAAAAUAUUUAAGUUCUUUGGAGAAAUUCCUCUGGGAUAUCAUAAACUAGACUGUGGAGCAUCCAAGAAAUUGCAGCUGAUGACUGAAUUACAUUAAUGAGACUUUCUUUAAUGUUUUUGCAGAUUCAGAGCUAGCUGCUGGUUAAAGAAAACCUAAUCAGCAAGAUCAGAGACUUGGCAAAAAUUUUUCAAAGUGCUUAAGUAAUUUACAGAAGUUAUUUAGACGUUUAGGAGCCCAAAUCUAAACUAAAUUUAUUUAGGCUUAGGCUCCUAAGUCACUAAGGUGCUUUAAAAAUGUUGAUCAAGAUAUCUCUUAUUUACCAAAAACAAACACUUUUUAAUCCUCUUCAAAAACAUGCAUGAAUUUUAAAAUAUCCGUUUUGUUUACAUGUUUUUUAUGGUAUGAUAUAAUUUUAACUUUCUAGGAUUUCUAUAACAAACCUGCCAGUGACAAAUGCAAAAAUACUCUGCUUGAAAAAAAAAUGAAGAGUUUUAAUAUUUUUUUUAAUAGUGUAUGAGAUUGAAGAAGACUUGACUGAUCCUAUAUAUUUUAAGGAGAAGGACUUUUCACUGUGUGAAUUCAUGUAGGAAGCAUGACUUAUUUUAUUUCUAAGUCAAUGAGUAUGAAAACUGAAAUGUACUCUUGUCCCACUGUCUGCAGGGAGAGAAGUGGUUGUCAACACUUAUGCACAAACACUAAAGAUCUCUGAACUCUGUAUUGUAUGUUUACUAUAUUAGACUUUCUACCGAGUACCUUUGUUUCUUUGACAAGCUGUUGCAACAUCUUCCUGUUGCUGACAAGAAGGCGGUCUUCAAGGCGCUCGAUCCCCUUUGCUAUUGCAGCAAAACCGUGUGUUCUUCACCAUGUGUUUCCUGUAUUCUCUCUUGGAUAAGGGCCUUUAUUUUUUAACAAGUGCAUUUAAUCACUGUAUGUAUGUGUAAAUGGAGUCAAGUCCUACCUGUCUUAGCAAUUUAAGAAGUAAGGUACCUAGGAUUUGGUAACAAAGAGAGUUAUGACUGUACAUAAUGAGGCCAUCUUACUACUUCAGGAUGUAGGGUAGAAUGUUCGCAUGAAGCAUUUUAACAAAUGUUUUUAAUAUGGAAACUUUUACAUUUCACUGUCUGUCUGCCAGUUUGGGUUUUUUUUUUUAAGCAAAUAGAACCACAUAGUAUCUGAAACAUCUUUUUUCUUGUUUAAGUUUGUACAGAGUACUGAAAAGUAAGUUGUUAUUACAUAUAAAGAACAUUUGUACUAUUACAUAUUAUACUUUAGACAUUGUACUAUUACACAUAAUAGCCAUUUGUAUUUAAGGUCUGUCAUUAUAAACCACUAUUUUAAGAACUGAAAACUCGAGAGAAAUUUUCAUAGGUGGAGACUUGACAGACUUGCUAAAUUUAGGAGAUGUUAAACUUUAGUACUAAUUGGCUUUAAGCUAAGAAUAUAUUUGCAGCAUUGGGUAACAAUCAGUUUUAAUUCUAAUCCCAUCUUAAUUCUAAAGUGGCUUUUUCUUUGUACUUUGCAGUGCUUAUUCUCCACUGGGAUAGAGAUGGAAACUGUCCAAAUUAGCAUUUGCCAGGAGAGUACUGUGCAUGUACACUACUUUGAAAUUUAUGGGUUGUUUUCUCCUGGUUUUAGUAUGCAGAUGUGAACCAGAUGAAUUGCGUAUUGCAGAAUUCCUUAGGUAUUCACAUCACUAUUCAGUGGGAGUAGUUUUUGACUUUUGGGUGAGAAGAUAUGCCUAAACGUUUAGCACUCACGUAGUCCCUUGUGAAUAAUUUUUAUUAUAAACAUUGCCCUAUUCCCCACUCAAAGUGUUGUUAUUAAAAUAUCCUAACAUGGUUUAUUUACCAAAACCUACACAUGCAGAGCUAAUAAUACAAGUGCCCUCCUCUGUGCAUCUUGUGUGACUCCAUGGUGGAGGAGGAUGUAGCUGUCUGUUAUACCCGUGGUAAAGCACUAUACUGUAUUGUCAGCAACAGAUGUUCCUAUCACAAGACACGGAGUUUUGUUCUGUGAGACUAAGCUAAUUGCACUCCUGUUGUAUCUAUUAAUAUCUCUGGAAUAGCUGCAUGGGAUAUAUUAUCGGAAUCUUGCCAAUAUUCUUGGCUUUCAGCUGAUAACACUAGCACUGAUGGAAAACUUCAGUAAUUGUUACUGCCUUAGUGAAAUAAGCAUUCACUAAAGACUCUGUACACUAAAGCAUCUGUCACUCCCGUGUUGUAUCCAUUCAGUGAAUGGGUGUUCUCCCAGUAAGUGGGGCAUCUUUUGAUGCGAAGUAGUAAUGCUAGGAUGCAUUUCCAACUGGAAAUAACAAAUCUCAAAGUUGUAAGAUUGGUCACACUAAAAUUUGUGUGUGUGUGUGUGUGUGGUUAAUUUAAAAAUUAUAAAUAUCCAAUUUAAGACAAUUUUGGAGCUUUCUUAUUUUCAGUGUUUCUUAAGGCAAAGCUUACCUUUUUUAACAAAAUGUCCGAAUUACCAUACUGUCCGUCUGCUUUCCUGUUUAAUUUUUUGUUUAUACUUAAGUAAAAUUGUCUUAUUUUUUGCUGUUGGGCUACAGCAUAUCUGACAUGCAGUUUUCCUUUACAUCACUUCUGUAGAUGUAUGUUAUUACUAAAGGGAAUUGAGCAGCUGAACACAUUGUAGUGCUUAGUGGUUUUGCCUGGGUACGUACAGAAUACUCAGUGAAUAUGCACUUUGAACCUGGUAAUUCAUCUAGUCAGGCUGAUAGCUAGCUACCAGUUAAUUGGUAAUAUAAUCCACUAUUUGCACUGGUGAACUCACUGGUGGGAAUUCAAUCAUACAGCAAAUGAACAAACAUGCUUCUUGUAUUCCAGUGACAGCACCUAAGUCCCUGCUGCUUUUCUAAGUGGGAUCAUAAAUCUUUGGCUAAAAUUGUAGUUCUUGAACACUAAUUGUGCAUCAAACAGAGAGCAAGCGUGGUCCAAUAAGCUUGAUUUCAUCAAAACUACCUUAGCAUAUUUCUACAGGAAUUAUCAGUUGAGCAUAUCUUUUUAUGUGCUCAAAUAGUAUCUGAGGCUUACAAAAGAAAAUACUUCUUAAAUAUGGCAUCCUAAUCGAUAAUCAAAACUGAAAAAAAAAAAGGAAUGAUAAAUUCAGGACUAAAGGUGCUAGAGUAGAAUGAGAGAAAUUUCAAACAGUUCUAUUUUAAGGGUUAAAUCGUGUUCUGUAUGAGAGCUAAGACAGUCAUCUCAAAGCCAGUUGAGUCCUAUUUAUACAGUACUAAACUAGCCUCAUUCUCAGGGUCCUAGUAGUAUUAAGUAAUACUGAUACAUAAUUUGUGGAGUAUUCCUGUUGUCUCUUACUGAGAUAAAUGUUCAGCAGAACAAACUCAAGUUAGUCAAAAAAUAAAAAGAAAAAUUAAUCUGGACCAGGAGAAGUACUGUUCUCAUUGCUAAGAUAAAGACGCAUUGUUACUUAUAAAUUGCUUACUCUAUUUGCAAGUUCAUGUGAAUCUAAAUGGUUGAAACAGAUAAUGUAUAUAACUGUUUUUGUCACCUUCAUGCACUCAAGUUAAUGUAAUAUAUAUUUUUAGAAAAACAUGUCAAUAUAACUUACAGUUAAUCCUCAAGUGGAAAAAUAAAUGUUUAAAAUUA